AGCGCCACAUCGCUAGUUGCUCACUAGACGUCGCGCGGUGUGUUUAUCGCUACACAUAAUUAAAAAGAAUACGACGUUCUAUUUUCAAUUUUCGCGGCAUUACAAAAAAAAAUUCUCUGUGUGCAAAACAAUCAUGGCGUCGCUUUAAAAAAUGUUUCGAAUUUUAAUUCAACAUGUAACUAAGACGGUAUCAUGAACGUUUGGAACAUAUAAAUGUUAUUUUUAAGGAAAUAUAUUCAAGGCCGACAAUUUAGAAGAUGAUUAAGUGUUGUAUAGCGUGUUUUAAAUAACGAUUAAAUUAAUAGCGCAGUCAAUGGGCAGUUGGAAGUGUCUUUGAAUAAAAAUAGACUACACAAAUGCAUCAAUUCGUUAUAAUUAAAGUGUAUGUAAAUAGACCAGUGAACGAACGAGUGUGACCGAAUGAAACGGUGUACACUUGGGUAAACUUUGCAUACGAAUUGUGUAUUUUCAUCACUUUUUUUUUUGAGAAUCAAAGGUGCAUAUUUUUACCGUGUUGUGUUAUAAAGUUGAUGUAAUAAAUUAAAACUAUAUUAAGUGAUGUGUGCAGUAACUAAUGUUGGGUUUUCGUAAAAUAUUUAUAGUGUUCCCGAUGUGUGUGUGGUGACACGAUUCCUGGGUUAUUUUUGUACUGCUUGUUUUCGGAUCUCAUAUUAAAUGAAACGCUCCGAUAUGCCUCUACCGUUGCUAAGGAAAUGUUGCGGCUGCAUUUCCCUGCACACCGGCUGCUUCGUACUAUGUAUUAUGUCCACAAUGGCCUGCGCGGCUAACAUCAUCGCGGGAGCAUGGAACCUGCCGCGCCACAGAGAGAGGGAGCCAGAGGACAACCUCAUCUCCAUGAGUAUGGUCAUGUUCUCCUCCCUGUCUGCCAUCAGCAACCUCAUCGCGUUGUUCGGUAUUAUAUUGAAACAUCCUUCGAAGCUGCAAUGGUCAAUAGUAUUCAACUCAGUGUUCAUAUUCUGCAUAUUCCUGGUGGCCAUCGUGACCUGUCUCUUCAGGCUGGAUGACUUCCUCAGGGUACCAGGACACAUAGUCUUGGUUGUGCUGCUGUUGAUUGCUGGAGCCAUGUACUCCAUAUACUACCUGGCGAUGAUCAACAGCCUCUACCGGAUAAUGAAGAUGGAGUAUGGAGAGAGUGCCAUCCCCAUAUGAAAUGGAAUGGCUGGACCAGCCCCUUUAUUUAUUGACUACUUUACUAACAUCAACGACAUUUUCUUUUUCUUCUCCUCUAAUAACAUCUUCUGAUUUGUUUCGUUGCGGGAUCCAAGACAGUCAUUCAUUUCCCUGAGACGCGCCGAACUUCAGUGUUCCGGUGUUUUCAUGGUUGUAUCUACUGUAGAUCCUGGCUUACAGGAGUUGCAGCGGUAUGGGAGGUUGUGGCGGGCUUGUCCCAUAAAAAAAACAUCAACGACAGACAUCAGUACGUCAAUUUACUCUAAUUUGUCAUUCUUAGUAAUAUCUUCUUUUAUACAGUAGAUGAUAGAUUGAAGUAGAUUGAUAUGCUUGUUUCUGUCUACUGGCUGUACUCAGAAGUUCUGGACCUCACUAACUAUAAAUACAUAUUUACCUGCUACCUUAAUGUGUUGUGAAAUUACUCAAAAACUACUCUUUUUAAGAGUUUUCAAUACAUAUUUGUCAAUAGUUAGAAGGUGUUCUAAAAGUAUUUGUCGCGGCUUUAAUGAAAGGUAGUGUUGUGUUUGAAGAUUACAAUAGUGAAUAUAAAUUAUUGAAUAUAUGUAAUUUUUAAACAUAGAAAAAAAUCUACGUUGCAUUUGUUAUGAAAGAGUUAUCUCUUUCACUUUCCAUUACUAUCAAUUGUUUUCAUUGACGAAGCGACGAAUAGUGCGUAUUUGUGAACCACUUUAUGCAGAGUAGAGUCAAUGUUCUUUAACUACUUUAUGUUCUCAAAUUGAAUUAACUGGUCCGUGGUACGAAAUUUCUUCACUAUUAUAAUCUUCAAACACAACACUACCUCCCAUUAAAGCCGUGGCAGAUCAUUUUAGAACACCUUAUAUUAUGCAAUAAGGAGCAUCUUAAACCAACUGUAAUUUUAUUUUUCAAUUACCAUCCAAACUGGACUCAUAAAGUAAAUGCUUUGCAAUCAAAAUUAAUGUUAAGUAUGUGAUUAUUUUUAAGUGAUGGUUUUGAGCGCGGUGCAGAUCGCUAGAAGUAGUCAUGGACAUUUUAAAAUUGACUCAUUGAGAGCCAUAUUUAUAAGUCGUGCGUUAUUUGCUAUAAUUGAAAGUAAUUUUCAAAGUACCUAGUCCAAUUAUUACAGCACGGAGCUUUAACAAUUUUUUGUUGGGUGUAAUGUUCCUGAAAUGAAUAUAUGUAUAAGUAUUUAGGUAUAUAACAUAUACUUAUAAGAAUAUUAUAUUAUACAGUAUGGAGAUGAUACAUAUGACUUAAAUGAAACUACAAGUAGUACUCGUCCACAGAGGCAUAAUACAACUAAAUGUUUCAACGAAAACGCGGCUGUUAUAAUGGCGUAUUUGUAAAGAGUGUUCAAAUUAGCUCAAAGAGAAUAAUGCACUUUUUGGCUGGGGCUAUUUCGUCACUUUUCUUAUAUCGUCAACCAAGAUGAUAACAUAUGUGGUAUUUAAAUUAAGCCAAAAGAGGUUUCCCCAUACAAUAUAUAAAUUGAUAUUUUGUUCGUUUUAUGUUAUACAAGUCUCAAACUCCAUUAUCAAUUUGCUACAUUUUACUUCCUAGGAAUCUAGUCUUGGUGAAAAUUGGUAAACCUGUGACCUAGAACGAGGCUAGUGUAGUCUAAAGUCUAUUUAUGUUUGCAUGUCAAAAGAUCGUAAAGCUAAUUCUCAAGCUAUCUUCGAUUCGUAUCAGCCGGAACUUAUUCCUAACUUACCGUUUGUUACGAUAAAGUAUUGUAUGGUUGUAUUGCAUUAUUAUUUUCUUCAUUUUUUAGGGAACCGUAAGUAAAGUACCCUAAGAAAAGGAGGAUCCGCCGACCAGGCGAGGUGAUCAUGCCUGGCGGGCUUUCUCUUGUUGAUUUAUACGUCGAUCGUCUAUGUGCGAAUUCUGUCUCAUACAAUGUCAUGUUUUGCCACAAAACUAUAGUUUGGAGUGGACAGGAAAACAGUUAAAUAACAGAAGUUAAAUAUAAUAUAAUAUAUUUAAUUUAUAAAGAGUUAAUGAGUAGAGCCAUGUUUACCUAAAAUAUAAAAACAUAAAAAUGACAAUAACAUAAAAUACGUCGGAAUUUGCUGGUUUUUUUUUCUUAUUUAAGCAAAUUUUUUGGUAUUCUCGUGUCCAGCACACGUGAUUUCGUGACCAAACAAAAUCGAAAAAUAAAACUGUUUUUCACUCCAAACUAUCGAUUAUAUUAUUAUGUAUAUCGCAGAGACGAUCACACCGGUUUUACAUAAAAUAAAGAAGUAGGUAAAGGAGUAUUUUAUUAAUUCCACAACGAAAAACCAAAGAACAAAAGUAAUGGUGUUUAUGACACAUUAUCCUUAAAUAAAUACCUACUAUUGGAAUGUUUAUGUGUAUUUAUAGUUGCACAAGAUGGUUAUUGGGAUUCCCUUCUUUUUACAUCUUAUCCUCACUAAUGGAGCUACGGACUAGCGGGAUACCGGGAUAGGGGUAGGUAAGAACGAGUAGAAACGGGUUGGUUUUUUUAGUCAGUAAGAGUCUGACACUCCCUCACGCCUCGCCCAAGGCGCCACUCACGGACACUCGCAGCACUAAAAGAGUUCCAACUAGUUCCUAGAGAUAUGUAAUGAUUACUUAAACUAUUUCUUGGUAACGAAUUUGUAUCGAAAACAAUUGCUAAGGAUUAGGUUAAGUAACCAUUGAAUGACUCUGAGUACGACGGUAAGGAUGGGGAUUAGGAAUUGACCCAUUUUGACAAAGAACUUCUAUACCUUGCGAUUUCUAUUUCCUCGAUCGAGUAGCAUAUGCCAUUUGCUCUGGCUCUGCCUUAUUAUUCUGUUCCUCUUCUUUGUAAAGCAAAUGAAAAGUAUGGAGGUUGGUAGUACGUAUAAAACGUUUUAUAUUUGUUUUUUAAGCAUAAAUUCUAUGACGUACUUAUAAGAGUUAUGGUCUUAUACUUACAUAUAUAGGAAUAAUAUAAGCUAUGUGCCUUCGAUGUUGUAUUAUAAAGGAUAAAGGAUUUUAUAGAGAAUAUGUGGUAAUUGUUUGUGUUAAUAUUAUUUAUCAAAAAGUGUGAAACAUGUGUGUUUGUUGCUAUCUUUAUUUUAAGUUAAAACGGAAUUGUGAUUGCAGUGAAUUUUGUGGGAAAGACUAUAUACAGAGUGACAUAAAUACAUUUUUUUAUACUUCAGCACCCUUAGUAUGAGUUUGCUUUAUACGCCGGCUCUCUGAUUGGCCGGCUCGAAUAAACUAACCAAUUGUUAUUUAUACCUGUUUAACGUUGACCUACUAUAGUCCAGUCAUUUGGUAGUUUUACCUGGAAAGUUUUCCGGGAGUUUUGAAAAUUGGUGAAUUUAUAGAUUUGGGUAUGCUCUUUUCGAAUUUCAACUUUGCCACCUCGUACAACCGCCGCUCGCGCCGCCAUAUUGAAAAAAUGGCGCCUAAAAAUGGUUUUUUAUUAAUAUCUCCGUUCCGACGCAUUUUACGAAAAAAUAUUUAUUUACAAAAUUAAACUAGAAAAAAUUUCCUACAAUUUAUGUAUUGAUAACUUUUUCAUAAAAUCAAUAGUUUUUGGCGUACGAGCGCCGCAAAGUAUUAUUCAUCUGCACCACCACGUGUACAAACAAUGUGUAUUGUGCAGCAACGAUUGUCGCAACCGAGGGCUGGGUUCGCUGUCAUUGCAGCGGUAAGUCCCCUGUUUGAGUAGUGGCUAGAGAGGCGUCAUGUCGUCCGCACCUACCGCCUGACGCAGGUGCUUACCGGACACGGGAGAUUCGGUAGGUUCCUGUUUCUGAUUGAUUGGGCACUGCGAAUACCGCCCGGAGGACACAGUGGAACAUAUAACAUAACACAUAUAACAUCAGAAACAGGAACCUACCGAAACUCCCCUGUUUGUACAACACACAUUGUUUGUAAACGGUUUUUUAUUAAUAUCUCCGUUCCGACGCAUUUUACGAAAAAAUAUUUAUUUACAAAAUUAAACUAGAAAAAAUUUCCUACAAUUUAUGUAUUGAUAACUUUUUCAUAAAAUCAAUAGUUUUUGGCGUACGAGCGCCGCAAAGUAUUAUUCAUCUGCACCACCACGUGUACAAACAAUGUGUUUUUUUUAAAUGUAUCAAUUCUUAAAAACUAAUUAUGAUAUCUCGUUCAAACCAAUUUUCUUUGAAAGUUUCCAUUAAAAUCUACAGCAAAUAUUUUUUUUAGUUUUCUUACUCACUUAUUUUAAAAGUUAGAGGGCAGGACACAUUCGAUAGACCUCAUUUUUCCACUUUGGAAGUGUCUAUCUUUCAAACAAUUGAUUUUGACGAUAAAUGGUUUUAGGAACCAUGACGUAUUUUUAAUGGCCUAUCCAUAGACAACCAUCACGGAUAGGAUAGACGAAAAAAAAUUUUUUGAAGAGGUGCAGUGACCGCGCGCUCUCCGCCCUCUAUCUCGGAAACGGUGCACCGUAUAAAAAAAAAGUUUAGACAAAAGUUGUAGAGAAUUUUGUAUUCUACAAUAUUGGUAUUAAAUGCAAAUACCAAAAACCCAUAGGAAAUAAGAUAUUUCCAAAAAAGCGCAAAAAAACGUUUUUUGGGACCUUUGGACCUUAAAAUUUAAUAGUUGCUUACACCCUACCAUAUGUAGGUUUUGAGACAAGUUUUAGGGGGUCAAUAUACAAGUAUAUACAAAAUUACAGCUGGGUAUCUCAAAUUCCGAGGUGAAAUCCUAAUUUGACUGGACUAAUAAUACUUUGCGGCGCUCGUACGCCAAAAACUAUAGAUUUUAUGAAAAAGUUAUCAAUACAUAAAUUGUAGGAAAUUUUUUCUAGUUUAAUAUUGUAGAUAAAUAUUUUUUCGUAAAAUGCGUCGGAACGGAGAUAUUAAUAAAAAACCGUUUUUAGGCGCCAUUUUUUCAAUAUGGCGGCGCGAGCGGCGGGUGUACGAGGUGGCAAAGUUGAAAUUCGAAAAGAGCAUACCCAAAUCUAUAAAUUCACCAAUUUUCAAAACUCCCGGAAAACUUUCCAGGUAACCCCCUUUUUAUCUACCAAAUGACUGGACUACUAAGCUGUUUAGUAACAAAAUAAUAUGAUAUGUAUACUAGCGCCACCUACAGAUU